GAAGCUUCUAAAAGCGUGGGCAACAUCCGGGCACUUGGGGCCGUCGAGCUGAGGCGCGCUUCGCGACCUGGCUUGUUAGGGCUUGCAGCUAUGCUGAAGUGCGGGAUGAACGGCAGUCAGGUUAAAGUUUUUGGGAAAGCAGUGCAAGCUCUAUCACGAAUUAGUGACGAGCUGUGGCUAGACCCAUCUGAAAAAGGUCUUGCUUUAAGAUCUGUGAAUUCUUGUCGGUCAGCAUAUGGAUGUGUCCUCUUCUCUCCUUUGUUUUUUCAACAUUAUCAAUGGUCAACCUCAGUGGAAAUGAAUGAUAAUAACAGAAUAUCGAAUUUAAAUUGCAAAUUGGGAAUAAAGUCAAUUCUGCCCAUCUUUAGAUGUCUGAAUUCCCUUGAAAGAAAUGUAGAAAACUGCAAAAUAUUCACCAGAUCUGAUAAGUGCAAAGUAAUUUUUCAAUUCUUCUGCAGACAUGGUAUUAAAAGGACUCACAAUGUGUGCUUUCAAGAAAGUCAGCCUUUGCAAGUUAUUUUUGAAAAGAAUACGUGUAGUAAUACACUCAUGAUUCAACCAAGAGUGCUUGCUGAGGCCAUUGUUCUUUUUACAUCGAAUCAAGAGGAAGUUACUCUUGCUGUUACUCCCCUGAAUGCUUGCAUUAAGAGUUCUAAUGAGGAAUCAAUGGAUUUGACCAAUUCUGUAUACAGUGAGAUGUUUGUGGGCCCAGAUGAGUUUGACUUCUUUCAAAUAGGAGUUGACACUGAAAUAACAUUUUGCUUCAAAGAAUUAAAGGGAAUGCUGACAUUUUCAGAAGCUAUACGUGCUCCUAUAUCAAUUCAUUUUGAUAUUCCUGGGAAGCCUAUAGGAUUAAGUAUUGAUGACAUGUUGUUGGAAGCUAACUUUGUUUUGGCUACAUUAGCUGAUGAGCCAAGUAGAGGGUCUUCUCCACAAUCAACGUGCCUUUCACAAAAACGAAAGAGGUCAGAUGUGGUGUGUUCAAAUUCAAAGGCUGGUGAGAAAAACAGCAAGGUCACGGAGUAUGUCUCAGGAAAAGCAGCACGCAAAAGGCUUUAUCCUGAUGAGACUCUCACAGACAUCUCCACACUGGAAAACUGUGGCAGCCCUACAGUGAAAAGAGUGAACAGAGACAUUACUGAAGUACCAGAAAGCAGUGUCAGCGACACAGAGGAAGUGCCAGGGUCUCCGUAUCUCAGGAAGUUUGCUUGCAUGUUCUUUGGAGCACUUUCUUCUGACCCGCGAGAACACUUCGACAACCCUUUUGACAAUCUGGCAACAGCAAGUGACAGUGAAGAGGACAUGAAUAAUGGCAGUUAUUCCACGUCCUAACAUUUAAUGAUGGCUGAGUUGCACCCC